AUGAAAAAUAAAAAGAGGACAGAGCCAGCUACAGGGCAGAAAAUAAUUUUAGCUGUUCAUACUGUGCUGUCAACAGUCAGAUUUGCCCAACUAAAUCCAAAAAGACUGAACCAACCACCACGUGGUGUGAUAAAACCAUUCGGACCUACUGGGGAAUCAAAACCAACAAAUACUAAUUUAACUAGUGAAGAAAGUGGUACAAAGGAUAAGGGAAAGAAGGUGAAGUUCUAUAGUAGAGAUUCAAAGGUAAAGGUUGGAAAACUUCCUACUGGACCCAAAAUUAAAGUGGCUAUCCACGAUGAGGGUAUUUACUUAACACAACUUUCCACUGAUCUUUGGCAAACACAAAUUUCUGAAGGUGGUGUAUUUUGGUUGAUAGUCGUUAAGUGA